AAGCGGUCCUCUCCUCUGCACCGCCUCAGAGUACUGUUGGAGCUUUGUCCUGCCAAACCAUGGCCAGCCCGCUGCGCUCCUUGAUGCUACUGCUGGCCGUCCUGGCGGUGGCCUGGGCCGGAACCUCCAGGCCACCCCCGCGAUUGUUGGGAGCUCCGCAGGAGGCAGAUGCCAGCGAGGAGGGCGUGCAGCGAGCGUUGGACUUCGCAGUAAGCAGUACAAGGGCAGCAAAGAUGCAUACCACAGCCGCGCGCCGUACAGGUGGUGAGAGCUCGUAAGCAGCUUGUGGCUGGAAUAAACUAUUAUUUGGAUGUGGAGAUGGGCCGAACUACAUGUACCAAGUCCCAGCCAAAUUUGACUAACUGUCCUUUCCACGACCAGCCCCAUCUGAUGAGGAAGGCACUCUGCUCCUUCCAGAUCUACAGCGUGCCCUGGAAAGGCACACACACCCUGACAAAAUCCAGCUGCAAAAAUGUCUAAGAGCUGAGUCUCAUAGGACCAUGCCAAAGGUCCCUUAUUUGUUCCCCUUCCCUGUAGUGUUUAAUCUCUGAGAAGGGUGCUCCAGCUCUGGAGGGCAUCUCCAGGGUGUUCCCACCAGGAGACAGUAAGGAAGCUGCUGCAGGCAGCUGUCCCCUGGUUCCACUCUUCUCCUUGCAGUACCUGUCAUACCUUGCUCUUGCUCAAUUAAAAAAUUAAAAAAAAGAAAGAAAGAAAGAACUAAGACUCUGGGGGCUGGAGAGACAGCGAAGAGUGGCCUCUGAAAAGUGAUCCUAUCUUGAGUCAAGCCCCAGGUCCUGGUGCGUCAUGCUCUGACACUUUCUUCCGUCCCUUCCACAGCGUGAGUGCAUCUCCAUCCACGUUGGCCAGGCUGGUGUCCAGAUCGGCAAUGCCUGCUGGGAGCUCUACUGCCUGGAACAUGGCAUCCAGCCUGAUGGCCAGAUGCCAAGUGACAAGACCAUUGGGGGAGGAGAUGACUCCUUCAACACCUUCUUCAGUGAGACAGGAGCUGGCAAGCACGUGCCCCGGGCGGUGUUCGUAGACCUGGAACCCACAGUUAUUGAUGAAGUUCGAACUGGCACCUACCGCCAGCUCUUCCACCCAGAGCAGCUCAUCACAGGCAAGGAAGAUGCUGCCAAUAACUAUGCCCGUGGCCACUACACCAUUGGCAAGGAGAUCAUUGACCUUGUCUUGGACAGAAUUCGCAAGCUGGCUGACCAGUGCACGGGUCUCCAGGGCUUCUUGGUUUUCCACAGCUUUGGUGGGGGAACUGGCUCUGGGUUCACCUCCCUGCUGAUGGAGAGGCUCUCUGUCGACUACGGAAAGAAGUCCAAGCUGGAGUUCUCCAUUUACCCAGCCCCCCAGGUUUCCACUGCUGUGGUUGAGCCCUACAAUUCCAUCCUCACCACCCACACCACCCUGGAGCACUCUGAUUGUGCCUUCAUGGUAGACAAUGAGGCCAUCUAUGACAUCUGUCGUAGAAACCUCGACAUUGAGCGCCCAACCUACACUAACCUUAACCGCCUUAUUAGCCAGAUUGUGUCUUCCAUCACUGCUUCCCUCAGAUUUGAUGGGGCCCUGAAUGUUGAUCUGACAGAAUUCCAGACCAACCUGGUGCCCUACCCUCGAAUCCACUUCCCUCUGGCCACUUAUGCCCCUGUCAUCUCUGCUGAGAAAGCCUACCAUGAGCAACUUACAGUAGCAGAGAUCACCAAUGCCUGCUUUGAGCCAGCCAACCAGAUGGUGAAAUGUGACCCUCGCCAUGGUAAAUACAUGGCUUGCUGCCUGCUGUACCGUGGUGAUGUGGUCCCCAAGGAUGUCAAUGCUGCCAUUGCCACCAUCAAGACCAAGCGUACCAUCCAGUUUGUGGACUGGUGCCCCACUGGCUUCAAGGUUGGCAUUAAUUACCAGCCUCCCACUGUGGUACCUGGUGGCGACCUGGCCAGGGUGCAGAGAGCUGUGUGUAUGCUGAGCAACACCACAGCCAUUGCUGAGGCCUGGGCUCGCCUGGAUCACAAGUUUGAUCUGAUGUAUGCCAAGCGUGCCUUUGUGCACUGGUAUGUGGGUGAGGGCAUGGAGGAGGGGGAGUUCUCUGAGGCCCGUGAGGAUAUGGCUGCCCUAGAGAAGGAUUAUGAGGAGGUUGGGGCAGAUAGUGCUGAAGGAGACGAUGAGGGUGAAGAAUAUUAACUCCUGUGCUGCAACUUUACACCUCUGUGGUCUCAUCUUUGUCCUUGCGUGCGUUUUAACUGUCCUAUACUGUCAAUAAAGGUGUUUCCGUUUUAAGUGGGAAA